UUGGAUGUCUUCUGGAUCUCUUCCUUCACAGUGCUUGUACGAUUCUCGAGAACAGGGCAUUAACAGCGAAUCAGAGGGAUCCGAGUUUGUCUGUUGUUAGUUGCGUUUUUAGUCAGUCAGGGGGGGGGAAACAAGUCAGAAGUGAGAGCAGAGUGACCGGAAUGUAACUUAGCAUUAGCUGCUGUCCUGCGGACAUGGGUGAUGGUAACUCAUAGCUGGCUGAUAAACAUAAUGAACUGGACCAGGCGGCCAAUGUGAACCAUCCAUCAACCGAUUGAGUCAUCGCAUCAUUAGUAUAUUCAGAAUGGUAACCUUAUUAACCAUCAAGCCAGCCAACUAGACAGUAUCCAGAAGUAUUAUUCCAGUGUAAGGCAGGACUUAAAAUGCGUUUUAAUGAAAAAGAGCUCAUCUUCCUGAGUCGACAGCCCUCUGAGAGGGCGGCGGAGUUGGGCAUGAGGGGACCCAAGAAAGGCGACGUCAUGAAGAGGCGACUUGUGAAGCUUAUCGUGAAUUUUCUGUUUUACUUUCGCACAGACGAGGAGGAGCCGGUUGGGGCUUUACUGCUAGAACAGUGUCGAGUCGAGAGAGAAGAUGAUAUGGCCUUCUCCAUUGCUUUUCUAGAUGAGGCUGAGAGAAAAUAUCUGUUUGAAUGUGACUCUCAGGAGCAAUGCCUUGAGUGGAUAGAUGCCAUCAUUAAAGCUAGCUAUGAGUUCAUGCGAAAAAACCUCAUCUUUUAUCGUUCUGAGAUCCAUCGACUCACUGGCAAGGACCCAUUGGAGCAGUAUGGGAUUUCAGAUGAGACUCGCUUCCAGGUCAGCAGCGGGCUUCCUCCUCUACCCCCUCCCCCCACAUAACCUAGUCCAGCGAGUCAGAGCAGAAACUGCCCACCCCGUAUGUGUAGAGCAUUUUCAAAAGAACUGAAAGACUGCUGUUUUUUCUCUUUUUACAAUUAAGACAUUUCUAAAUGCAACAUUGCCACUUUUUCCUCUUCAUUGUCUGAUUUACAGAUUUGAAGCUUUAUCACUGUUUUUUUUUAAAUGAUUGUAUAGUUAUAUGUUGGUAGUUGUCAGUUGGUUUUAUACAUAAUGGCACUGUUAUGAAUAUCAGCUGAGAAUGAGCCAGUAGCAUUUGAAUCCAUUUUUAUAAACAGGUCAUUUUCUUUGCUGUUCGUUUCAUGCUGUCAGUCUGAUGGCCUUUGUGCUUGCUGUCAGGUGCAACACUUUAACUGUGAGAUAACACACUUAGAAAAGUUCUAUUGACCACAGUUUAGACCAUAGUUAUAUUGGUCACUGCUUUCUGAUUGUACAGCGGAGGCAGUACCCUGUCUAAAUGGGUGGUAUGGGCUGCUUGUGGUUUCCCCUCACAGAAGAGUGUGCCUAGAGCACCCAUUUUGCAUUCUGUGACACAUUUAGACACCACUUCCCAUGACUCAGGCCUCAUUUUGCAUGACAGAAAAUUGAUUGCUUUGUUUUAUGCAUUUUGUUAGUUUAAAUGCAAUAUUUCAUACAGCAUUUGGUCUAUCUACAAUAGUUUAACUUAAACUGAAUGUCUGUCACCUCUGACUUAAUUUUGCACAGUUUUCCUUAAUCCUUGAAUUUACACCACUCUUUUCAGAAUUUAAUGCCUGCACUGCUACUACUAUGUGUAAUUACACUGCAAGACCAACACUGGCAUAUUAAGUAGCUGGACAGUGUAAACAUUACAAAUCCUUUGUAAAUGAUGGGCAUUAGGAGUGAAACUAAGAGCAACUAUAGAGUCUCUCUUCGGUUUACUAACACAGCCUGUUCCCAGUAGCUCACCUGUUCCCAGUUGUCUGUUUUUGUUUUUGUUUUUUUUUUUGUUACCUGUUUAAGAUUGGUACCAGUAGGACUUAAUGUUGCUCAAGGGUACUGUCCUCUGUCUUUGCUAACAGUUGCAGCUAAAACCAACAACAUUUUAGCGAAUAAUUUACUGUUCCAGGUGAAGAUAGUCACCAAGUAUAACCGCAUGACCCAAAAUUGGAACUAUAAUGGUAUAGGUGGUUUUACUAACACUAUUAGCAUUUAUGCUAGCCUCCACAGAAAGUGUUUUACUCAUAUUUUCACACAUUCAAGAAAAAAAUAUAACCUAUGUUUAAUUCACUGUGUAAUUCACUGUGUAAUUGUAGACAUUUGUGUGAGUGCAGAAAAAUCAUGCUGUAUUAUUAUUUCAACACAACUAGCAGUAAGCAAAGAUUAUCAAGGUAGCUAAUGCAUAAGUUUCCACUCUUAAGAGAAAAAAGUGAAGCUUUUCUUCACUCUACAUGUGUAAAUGUAAAGUUAGAUCCAUUUGUGAGUGUGUGCAUUAUAUUGUUUCAUGCAAGGUGGCUAAUAAGUCAGAUUGGAUGCUUUAUAAUGGCAUAAAAUGACCUGUUUGACUGACCAUACAUUUCUUAUGGACUGCAAGGUUGCAUGUUUUACGUCAAAUUGCAGUUCUGUUAAUAAACUUGAAUGGUCUCUCGCAAAGAAGAA